AACCAACCGAUCGAAAUUCAAAACGCUAUGUUUAAUUUAAUGAAAAAUAAUACUUAUAUAUUGUAUGUGCUGUAUUCUGAUUACAGUUGGGAUAUUUUUGCAACCGAUUUACCCAAGUCUAGGAAAGAUGCUGGUUAUGAAAAUCCAAAUAUUAUUUCAACUUAUCCCAAGAUCAAUGGUAUUAUUUCGCCAAAUAUCAAUAAUAUCAACAUAACUUUUUCGAGUCCAAUUUCUAGAUCCAUGAAUAAUAUUGCUAUAUAUCAGACUAAUACAACAACUAGACAAUCCAAGUUGAGAAAAUUUUAUUCUGGAAAUUCGGAAGAGUGUACUAUUUUAAACAAUAAUACUUUCACAUGCAAUGUCUCUCAAAGUAUUUUUGAUCAAUGGAAUUCAUUAUAUAUGAUUAUGAUGGAUAAUAACUUUGUCAAGUUUGCCUCGACAAAUGAGCCUAUUUAUGGUAUCGAAGCAAAUCAAUGGAAUUUUACAACUAUUCCAUGCGACGGAC